GUGGUGGUGAGUAAUCUUUGCUUUGAUAAAAAUCGUUACUAACGCUUUUUCUCGGUACUAUAUUUCUAUCAUUCCUAAAUUUGUAUUUUUGGUGAACUGUUUUAAAUAUAUUUUUAUCGUGCCAACUACUCUUAGAUACACAUAUCUGAAUAAUACACAAUGACUUCAGUCCCGUUCAACGUUGGCCUCGGUGACGACACCCGCUCGUCCAGCAGGGUGCUCCGUCCCCCGGGCGGCGGGCACACUGACAUUUUCGGAGGGGACCCAGAGCCCCCGCGCGGCCGUCGCCAGAACCCAGCCGCUGCGUACGCAACAUCUCUCGGCGAACAUCAGCCACAGAACGGCAACGCCCCGGCCCAGAACGGGCAGGAGGCGGCGCCCCCGGCCCCGCAGGCGCAGGCGGAGGCGCCGGCGGCCGAGCCCGCGAAGCCGGAGCCGGUGAAGGCGGCCGCGCCCGCGCCCGCGCCGGCCCAGGAGCCCCCGAAGCGCGUGCGCGUGCCGCCCGGCGGCUUCUCUUCCGGCCUCUGGUAAACUGGACACCCCAAAGCUCGGUUUCGCGGCGUUAACCUAUUUUCGCCGGGACCGGUGAUACUAAUUUUUUCUAAUUAGCCUAUUUGUCAAACGUGCCUUUGUUACGAAAAGCUAAGAUUUUCGGUUGUUUUGUUUGGAGUGGAGAGUCGUUCUGGUCCCGUGUUAGUUUUCUUAGCGUAUUCGCUUAUAGUGAGCCGGUGUUGCAUUGGUACUUGUUUAAUCCUCGCAGAAUGAAAUUUGUAUUUACUGGACAUGUAACUUUCGGUACUAGUAUUAUUUUAGGAGAUUAUUCAUUAUAAUAUAUUUAACCUUUGCAUUUGAGCUUUUGUAGAAGCGAAACUUUGCUAGCCAACUCUCUAUUAGAUUAACUCGUCACAAAAUUUUUGAUAAUUUUAACUUUAUUGGCCAAAAAUGUAUUUGUAAUGUUUACACCGGGCUCUGUACCAUAAUAAAAUUAUAAACUUUAUAAACUUUGAAAAAAAAAGCUCUUUAAAAACAUUCCCUAAUUCUUACAAAGAUGACAAGUCUGAUCUUUCUGAGUCUGAGCUUGGUAUGGAGCCUCUCGUUGUUUCUCUAUUUAGUGUUGUAUGAAAUCUUUAAGGUUUAGGAGCUUGUGUUGGCUCUGACUGACUUGUGCCUCCACGUUGACAUAAUGUUGUACUUAAAGGUUACGAUCAUUUGCAUUUAGUUUUAUUAAUGAUGGCCUGCGGCAAAGAAUGCGAUUAUGUAUAUUGAUAAUUAUAAUUGUAUUUUUAUAUAAAUUAAAACACCAUUAAAACACA